UGCCAGGCAAUUGCUUUCUGAACUAAUAAUGAGAAAGAACACCAACUUAGUCAUCAUCAGCUGUGUGGUAGCGAUGGCAUUCGGAGUGGCUUCGGCCACCGACUACUGCGCCACCACCUGCGGUGGCACACAAAACAUUGGUUGCAACAACAAUGAGAACUGGGACUCGGCCUGUCCGAGUGACAAGACCUUAUUGGAUUUGACGACAGCGGAUAAGAAUCUGAUUGUGGCGCUCCACAACGAACAUCGCGACUACAUUGCUGGUGGCAAUGAUCCGGAACUUAAUGCCGCCUGCCGCAUGGCUACCAUGAGGUGGAACGACGAACUGGCCUAUCUGGCCUCCCUGAAUGUGAGGAGCUGUGCCAUGAGGCACGACGCUUGCCACAACACCGACGCCUUCAAAUUUGCCGGCCAGAAUCUGGCCUGGGUGGGCUUUUUCCCCCCCUUGAACGCGACCUCCAGCAUCAUCACCAGCGUCGACAUGUGGUACAAUGAAGUCUCUAACACAAAGCAGGCCUACAUCGACGCCUAUCCCUCCGGCUAUAGUGGACCCACCAUUGGCCACUUCACCGUCAUGGUUGCCGAUCGCAACACAGACGUCGGCUGCGCCGUCUCCACCUACUCUGUCAGCGGCCAGUCCUACAAGGCCUUCCUGAUGGCCUGUAAUUAUGCCACCACCAAUAUUCUGGGCGUCAAGAUGUACAAAUCCUGUUCGAGCUCCGCCCAGGAAUGCACCACUGGACGCAAUUCCCAGUACAGCAACCUAUGUAGCGCCAACGAGCAAUACGAUCCCAACAACCUCAGCUAUUGAGUGACGUACUUGCCACAGUACACCCAUAAGUAUUCAUACUUAUGACAAACUUAUUUGCAAACAAUAAAUAAUACCUAUCUAGAAGCUACAAAUAA